AGACGUCUCUCUAGUACAGUGCCAAUCAGACUUUAAACUUGUACUUUCUAGAGAUAUUUUCUGUGGUCAUUUCUGUAGUUUCUUCGUUUUAGCUAUGACGAAGGACGUGGAUGGACGGGCUGCGCUCGACGUUCGAAUGAAUUUGGGGUAAAGUCGCGCAAUUAAUUCGACAGGUGCCAAGUUUACGCGCGACUCAUAACAUUAUCAUGUGACGUAAAGACAUAAAAGUACAGUCGCAUCGAGCGUGAUGCUGAUAGAUAACGGGAAAAUGCACAACUUUAAAGUGCCAUCCACGCCGCCAUCUUGAAUCAGCUGUCAAGCAGACGAUACGCAGGUAUGGAGGAUACCUGCCGUGAUUAAUAGUGAGGUCUUAACGUCUGAUUCUAAUCCUGUCGAUAAUCAAAGCGACGAGACGAUGUGUUCAUGCUGUAUUAUCCAGUCUCCACGGGGACAUGGAAAUAUCUAAAGGUGAUGUACAAGAUAUAAGAAAUCAGCCUACAGAUUUGAUCUCAGUAUAUAUUAAACCAGAGAAUAAUGAGCCUGAGACAGACUUUAAUGAAGUGGAAAUAGUCACGGCAGCGCAACAUUUUUGUGCUAUCGAGAUCAAAGAGACCAAGAACUGCAGCAUAAUUGAUGACAAAGUAAUCAAUGAAGAUCAUUGUAUGCGAAAUGAAACAACUGAAUCCAAUACGACAAAUUCUACUUUAGGUAAUAUACAGAGCAGCACCAUUACAAAUGUACUAACAGACCCCAUUUAUUUGGGCACAUUAGAUUCUGAUUCCAUUAAUAUCGAAUUCCAAAAGCAGUCUAGUACAACGGAGGUAUUUAUUAGGAAUGAUGAACAAAUACAGACGUCCAAUUACAAUAUCUCUGCAGUGACAAUACCCAAUGAAUUUCUGGAUGGACUUAAUCUUAACAUAAAAAGGGAAGAGGGCGCAGGCCAUGGUACAUUUUAUACCACUGAAUGGUUGUGUGAUAGCGAUAAUGAGGCCAGCGUACGAUUGCGAGUUUUAAAGGACACUAAACAGAAUAUACAAAUUCCUAUUGAUAUUGACACUGGCAUAAUCACGAUAGCGAAACGUAGGGGCCAAUUAACAGACGCUGGAGACAUUUUGGAGGAAGAGAAGAUUAAGGUAUCUAAGAAACCUAAGAAACACGUCAGGCUAAAGUCUGUUGUGCAAGAUUACAGAGAGAGGUUGAGGAAAAAGGCUGAGUGCAUGAGAGAGAAACGGAGAAAACUAUACGAACAAGAGAGUGAGGAGCAACGUUUGCAGAGAUUAGCGAAGGAGGCGGCGAAGAGGCGCGAAAUGAGAAUGUAUUACGAAACACCCGAACAACGAAGGAAGAGGCUCGACGCUGAAGCAGCGAGGAAAAGAGAAUACAGGAUGUACAACGAAACACCGGAGGACAGGAGAAAAAGAUUAGAUCGCGAAGCUGAAAGAAGAAGAAUCAAGAGGUUAUCUUUGUAUGCAAGCGAAACUCCAGAACAAAGAAGAGAAAGAUUGAAUAAAGAAUCAGCAAAAAGACGAGAAGCUCGAUUGAAUCAGUAUGCUAAGGAAACGGAAGAGGAGAGGAAAGAAAGAUUGCGCAGAGAUGCUUUGAGAGCUAGAGAAAUGAGAUUUACGAGAUCCGCUAUUGAGACAGAAGAGGAACGUAGACAAAGAUUAGUAAAGGAUGCUCUUAGAAAGAGAGAAGUAAGAACGCAUGGGGGCCAUUCAGUGAACAACAAUUUCACCGAACUACGAACUGUUCGCAAUUUCCAAGAAUUGAAUGAUGUGCAAAUAAGGGACAAUCCUGAAAAUCAAUUGGAUGGCCAUUACUUAAGCUGGAUGCUUAGGUAAUGAAACUAAGUAGACGUCGGACACAUUAA